UCCAUUUAAACAGUUUCUCCUGUUAAGCGGUGCACCGGUGAACUGAAAUGGAGCGGGCUGAAACCCGUUAAAAUCUCGCCUACUCUUACUUUUAUUAGCUGAGAGGCCAUCAGGUUGACACUGGGGAUUGGUUAGAAAUAUGCCAGUCACGAUGAAAUCAAAAGCCAUUGGUUGUUGGUGCCAGUGCAGGUUUAAGGAUUUUCUUCCAAAACCAGCCAGACAGGCAGGGACGGCCAGACGCACUUCAGCUGUUGUUAGAGAAAUAUGAUGAUUUUAUCAACGAAGCCGAAAUUUUACAUUUUGCGGAUUUAACUUUUACUGUAACACCUACAAGCAUUAUAAAUUAGGAGAGAUUGUCCCAAGUGACUCCCUGGAGGUGCCAAACGAAGCCGCCAUGUCGGUGACUGUUCAUGAGAAUCGUAAAUCCCGCACCAGCACAGGCUCCAUGAACAUCUCACUGUUCCACAAGCCUUCACAUCCCGACAGUGUCCUGACCCACCUGAACACAAUGAGGAAACAGUGCAUGUUCACUGAUGUCACUCUGUGGGCCGGGGAUCGCUCGUUCCCAUGCCACAGGGCUGUCUUAGCAGCGUGCAGUUGUUAUUUUGAGGCCAUGUUCAGUGGAGGGCUACGAGAAAGUCUAGACAGUGACGUCAAUUUCAGAGACAGUAUACACCCCGAGGUCUUGGAGCUUCUGCUGGACUUUGCCUAUUCUUCUCGAGUCAUCAUAAACGAGGAGAACGCUGAGUCAUUGUUAGAGGCGGGCGACAUGUUGCAGUUUCAUGACAUCCGGGACGCAGCAGCAGAGUUUUUAGAAAAAAACCUGCACUCCUCCAACUGCCUGGGGAUGAUGCUGUUAUCAGACGCUCAUCAGUGUAAAAGACUGUACGAGCUGUCAUGGAGGAUGUGUCUGUUACACUAUGAGACGGUAAGAGAAUCAGAGGAUUUCUAUAGUCUGUCUAAAGAUAAACUGCUGGAGCUGAUUCUUAGCGAUGAGCUGGAGAUAGAAGAUGAACAGGUUGUGUUUAACUCUGUGAUGCGGUGGGUUCGAUACGACUUGGAGGGUCGGCGUCACCAUUUACCAGAGCUACUGAGGGGCAUCAGGUUGGCUCUGCUGCCGUCUGAAUGUCUGCUAGAGGCUGUGGCCUGUGAAGAGCUGGUAAUGGCUGACAAGAGGAGCAGGUCAAUAGUAGAAGAGGCAAUGCAGUGUAAGAAGAAAAUCCUCCAGAAUGACGGAGUAGUGACUAGUCCUUGCGCUCGACCACGUAAGGCAGGACACACUCUGCUUAUACUGGGAGGCCAGACCUUCAUGUGUGACAAGAUAUACCAGGUUGACCAUAAAGCCAAGGAGAUCAUACCUAAGGCAGACCUCCCCAGCCCUAGGAAAGAGUUCAGUGCUUGUGCCAUCGGCUGUAAGGUUUACGUGACAGGAGGAAGAGGAUCAGAGAACGGAGUGUCUAAAGACGUCUGGAUCUAUGACACUGUCCACGAAGAGUGGUCUAAAGGAGCACCCAUGCUAAUUGCCAGGUUUGGCCAUGGUUCAGCUGAGUUGGAAAAUAGUCUCUAUGUUGUUGGAGGUCAUACAGCCAUAGCCGGAGUUUUUCCUGCCUCUCCGUCUGUCUCCCUAAAACAGGUCGAGCGGUAUGACCCUCUCAGUAAUAAAUGGACUAUGAUGGCUCCUUUAAGAGAUGGAGUCAGUAAUGCAGCCGUGGUCAGUGCCAAACUCAAACUCUUUGUUUUUGGAGGGACCACCAUACACAGAGACAAGGCCUCCAAGGUCCAAUGCUACGACCCUGUGGGUAACCGCUGGAAUAUUGCUGCUGAAUGCCCCCAGCCUUGGCGCUACACUGCGGCUGCUGUCUUAGGGAGCCAAAUCUUCAUCAUGGGUGGCGACACUGAAUUCACAGCUGCCUCUGCUUAUCGCUUUGACUGUGAAACCAAUCAGUGGACUCGAGUGGGCGACAUGACCUCCAAACGGAUGAGCUGCCAUGCCGUGGCCUCAGGAAAUAAGCUGUAUGUGGUUGGAGGUUAUUUUGGGACUCAGCGGUGUAAAACAUUGGACUGCUACGACCCCACCUCAGAUAGUUGGAACUCCAUCACCACUGUGCCUUAUUCACUGAUCCCCACCGCCUUUGUCAGCACAUGGAAACACCUACCUGCCUAAGUGGGAGACACCAGGAGCCAGUAUUUCCAGGUGUUGAUGUCCAUUGAGAAAGGAAGGCCGGCUGGAGGAGAAUCUCUGAGACUCCAUCCUGCAUUCAGCAGCUGGCUGAGGCUGGAGCUCCACACAGGACCAAUCCUUACAAAAACAAGCCGCACCUCACAGACUCUAAAUCAGUCCUCAGCGGUGUGGUUAAGAAAACAGCACAACACC